AUGCCAAGAAAAAGAAGUAAAAGAAGUGGGCGAGGGACGGAGCAGACAAAUCCGCCUCAACCCCCAGUGAAGUCAAAUAUCCCCUUCAAUGAUCCCACAGGAAGUUUGAAGGACAGGGAACCUCAAUUGUUAUCGCCUCAAACUCUCAUCGCAUCUGAGUUUCUUGAGAACCCAAUCUCUUCAUCAACUCACUGUAGUGAAAUAGGCACGCCGUCUUCAUCUGUUCCUACCUUAGCGAUGGUAAAGUACUUAUUACAACAAGCCGCUGAAGACGAGGAAAGUGACAAUACGGCAGGGAGAAUGAUUCUCAUUAGAGAAGAAUCGGCUUUGCGCAGUAUUAUUGAAAACGAUGCUUCCAUGGAACAUCACGCUAUGAUGAAGGCGUUGUAUGGACGUUCGCCUUUAAGUAGUGUAUGUGGAUCCGUAAAUUCAUGGAGUGCAAGUAGCCGACGAGUACAUAGCGUGGAAUCGGAAACACGGGCGAUGAAACCGUGUGGAUUGUGGAAACAGCAAGAGGAUACGGAGGUGCCUUUGGCGAAAACCGCCGCGUUGCCCAUGUCGGGCUCAAACUGCGGCGUGCAGGUGACAUCACGUCUGCAAGAUCUACAAGAAGAAGAAGAAGAAGAAGAAAAAGGAAGUGAACAAGUCCUGAGCCGGCGCUUCAAUUUGGUGCCUUCAUAUGGUACGAUGGAAGGUUUGCAGGGUGACGCCAAUAGUCAUUUGGGUGAUGUAAACUCACGGGAGGUUUCAAGCAACCCUUUAUUUUUUAAUUUUGUGACUGGUGAAGAAGGACGCACCAUCGCAUGGGUACUUUACGAAAACGAAUUACCCGUCUUUAAAAUCGUUGACGAUUCGGAUUCCGAUUUUACCGUGGAAAUUGAAAAGGAAACGAAAGGGUUGUUGAGAAUGGAUGUAAAUUUUUGGGGUUUUUUUAGAGCAAUGGCACGUCAGGUCCUUUUUUUAAUACUUUCUGUGGGUAUCUUUUUCCCAUCUAUGGCACAAAGUGGUCUGUUUGCCAGUAUGGAUCUCCUUACCAACGUUGAGGGCUCUGUUACGAGGCGAAAUAUGAUGAAACUCACUCUUUUAUUUGUUGACGCGGCUGCAAUUUUCAUCCUGAUGCCACUUAUAGCAUUUUGUUUUCGUGGUGGGAACUCUAUACGGUUUAUUCUACUUUUUACUGCGACGAUUACAACUGUUGGAAGUGGAAUUUGUCUUAUGCGUGGCUAUACGUCCGGUAGCUUUGAGUUAAUGAUGAUAUCUCAGUUAUUACAUGCCGUGGGGCUUGUGUUAUCUGUGAUUAUGAUGCUGUUUAUCAAUUGCGCAAAGAUGGGGGCUUUCCUUGGCACCAUUUCUCUUAUGUUUAUUACAAUUUAUCUCUGGUUAAUGAGCUUUGCGGCGGGAAUAUUCAUUUUUUUAAUUACGUUACGUCUUAGUGAGGGCGAAGUACUUGAAGUAUUACGUGGCUUUGUUUACCUGACAUGUGUGGGGCCCAUUUUUGCGCUUGCCAUCUGUCUGCUGCCACCACCACCACCACCACCACCCACCGAUUGUCAAGGGACGACACGUAUUUCUUACUCUGCGAUUGACGCAGGGACCAUGUUUGCCACACUGCGCCGUGUAGAAUUUUGUUUUUUGCUUCGUUGCAUGGCAUGUGGCUGCCUUUUGGCGGUUUUGUUUCUUAUCAUUGAGUUUGAGUCACUGCUUUCAUCGAAGCUGUUUGCGUUUACCAGCCCUCCGUUCCUUGCGUAUCUUUUGUUGUUCACCGUUAUUGUCGCACUGCCGUUAUGUCUUUUGCCUCGUUUUGGGCCUUUUGUACGUCUUUGCGAGUUUGGUCUGUUGACGUCAUUGGCGGCGGUGUCGCUCUUUGGGUUGAUGUUCACGAAUAUACCGUCAGAAGUGGUCACAUCUCUUACACCCUUUUCAUUACCGUGGAUGCCUGCCAUGACCGCCAUUUUGUGCGCAUCGUCGCUUGCGGUCGUUCUAGCGGGGUUAAUGCGGUCCCUGGCGUCAGUGAAAAUGGCGUUGCCUUUGGUGGUGGUGCCGGCUUUUUUGUUGACAACUCUUCUUUCCCUGUGCGUGGCGCUCGCGACGGGUGUUGCUGCGGUGGUCCUUGAAUUCCGCCUACAGUCGGGCAACAAGACGGAAGGGAUGACGCGCAGUGGUGCCAAUGACACCGGUGAGACGCAGGCGGGGCAGGCGGUUUGUGUGGGUCACGUGGCAUUUGGGAUGUGCGUCGGGGCGUUAUUUUUGCAGUUUAUAACGGCGGCACGGACGUUUUUUGCGCCGAAUUUCAAAUGA